AUGUUUCAGACCUUACUUAAAAUCUCACUUUUACUACUUUGCCUGUGGAUUUAUGAGUCAAAGGUGUUGGCCAGCAAUGAUCCUUUGGAAGGAAACCCUACGUGUAACCAAAAGUUUUCGAUCAACCCCGAUGGCAGUGCAGUCUGCAUUGAAGCUGUCCCUGGUCAAAUAGCAUAUAAAUGCCAGUUAUCAUCUUGCUGGCGUAAUAAUCAUCAAUUCGUUCCAUUGUCUGGAUGUCAGUUGAAGAACUCAAGCAACAAAGGCAUAAGUAAUCAACAAUGUGCACAGUACGAAUACCUCGAAACUGUUGUUUCUUGUACCAAUAGUGGUGGUGUCACUUAUUUAUGCCCUUAUACGCCUUAUAUGGCGUACUUGGAAUGCACUUCUUGUACAAAGCAGUGA